AAAUAGGAGAAGUGGAUAAUAAUAUAAGAUACAAUGAGGAAGAUUUAGAGGAUCAACUAUAUACAUGUUCAGAGCUAAAGGAAAUAUGUAUAAAUAAUAAUAGGGUUAUAAAAGAAGAUAUGAUUGAAAAAGAAAUUAUUUCAGAAUUGAUGGAGAUGAUAAAAAUUGUACAAUGGCAAAUAGAGAUUUAA